GGUGGAGGGUUGAACGUAAUCGGCCAGAGCUCGCGACUUGCAUCCGGCCACCGUGAUCUCUUUACGUGACACACACACAUCCCAGGAAGGCCUGUGUGUGUCCCACCGACGCCCAACGACGUUCGAUUCCUUACAGCACGCGUAUAGCGAUGCUGGGUGUCGAAAGAGGAGGCGCUGCGCCGUUGCGCCAACGCUUUUUCCAGUGCGGGGUCGAUUCCACCGGAACGCUCGAGGGCGCACCGAGUUAAGGAAACAACGAAGUGUCGAAAGUACACAGAAGCCGCAUGUGGCGCGCGCAUGACGGCGAGGCUUAGAGGAGCGCUAUACGGCUUUGUGUGUACAACGUCUCGUUUAACCUGCGAUUCUGAAACAAAGUCUGCGUGAAGGUAACUCAGGGAAAAGGAAUCGCAGCAGAAGGCUCUACGGGCAUUACCGCAAGUAUGUGAAGUGUCUAGUGCAUCACGUGACCUUGCAACAAGAACGACGAAACUUCCAAGUCCUUCAGGUGCAACCAAAACAAUCUUCACGCUACGAGGGUUGUAUGCAGCUUUGCCCAGCCCUCAGAACAGCAUACCCGCGUUUGGUUUCAUUAACCGUCUCCGUAGGCCUACGUCUAAUCCUCCCUACGUGACAGCCAAUGCUGGGUUUACAGCUUUGGCUUUGGGCACUCAGCGAAGACUUGAAGACCUGCUACAGGCCGCACGACGUGACGCCACGGCAAACCAACUGAGAAGCUUUGGCACUAAGGAACGAAGAAACCUGCAGCUGACAAUUCACAAGACCAAGUCCGAAAGGCCUUCUCGUCGACAGUGAGAUCAAAAUGGCGCGGGUUGAAGUUCGAGGGCGUUGAACUACUACAUGUACUGUGCAGCAGCCAGCAAAGGUCGGACAUGACUGCUCCGGCGAACCCAGUGCAAUUUUCGUUGCUGGCCUUCCUAUCUGUGCUAGGCAGUGCGGUAAAUUUGGCCACGGCUUGGGCCUUGCUCAGAGACGCGCGACUGCGCGGUCGGGCGACCAGUUGCUUCCUGGUCAACCUGUCGCUGGCUGACCUGGCUUUCAGUCUGUUCAACGGGCCCUUGGAUUCGGCCGUCUUCUACUACGCAGGUGGCUGGACGCACGGUCAUCGGCUCUGCGUAGCGGCCGCCCUGGUGCGCCACGUUGCCGUGGGCAGCUCGCUGGCCAGCAUCCAGCUCAUCACGCUGAACCGGUACACCAGUGUUGUGAAGCCGAGGUCCUACGCUCGCAUAUUCAGCCCCGGCAGCUGUCUCCUCAUGGCCGCCCUGUGCUGGGUGCUGCCGGCGGGACUGCUGCUUCCCGCCGCACUGGCGGUGCCCGGCGCCAGCUUGGGCUGGGACAAGAAGCUCGAGAGCUGCACCGUCAUGCCCAGUCCCGUGUACCGGCCCGUGAUCUACCUGGGCUCGGCGCUGCUGCCGCUGCUGCUGUUCGCCGCCUGCUAUCCGAGGCUCUUUCUGGCUCUGCGCCACUCGCGCCGGAGACUCACGUCCCACCUGGGGACGUUGCAGUCCAUAGCGAUGCAGCCUUCGACCAGCGCUCCGGACUUGAGCCGGGAGCCGAUGCAGCCGGCACGUUCCAACUCGAUCUGCGCGGGCCGCGGUCGAGAGCGUCAACUGCUCGGGGUGCUGGGCGCCAUCCUGUGUUCCUUCUGCAUCUGCUACCUGCCGCUGCUCAUCAGCGUGGGACUCAACCAGACGCCGCCGCUCGUUGUGCACGGUCUGUUCUACGCGGCACCGUGCAUCAACCCGCUCGUCUACGUGGCCAUGAGCCGGGACUACCGGAGGGCGUACGCGGCACUCUUCUGUUGCGGUGGUGGCGACGGCGGACAUUCGACCGAGGGUUGACCUGCGAAGACGCCCUGGAGUCGGCGACAAGGCGACGCUAUGUCAAGAGCUUUCUUUCAAGUUUCUUCGGUGUGAGCGCAGAUUUGUCCUCGACUGUUUCCAGCCUGGUGUUGUUGCCGGAGAAACAGACUGGUAGACCAAAGGAACGACACAAGAACACAGACAGGGCGCUCUUGCCAGUUUAGUCUUUGUUGCUGCGAAUGAAUGCGUGCUCAUUGAGGUGAUACCGCAGUCCGCAUCAGCUCAUUCAAAUCUGGUGGCUGCGGCAAACAUUUCCUUUACUUUUUUUGUCAAGUCCGUAUACUGUGGAAGCGUGAACAUUGUUGCAAGGUUGACACGUGGACUUGUUCGUAGUCCCAUGGCUUUGAUAGUAAUUGUGACGCCUAGUCUCAUUAUCUGUGUUCAUUCGCGCUGUAUUCUUUAUCGUGAACAUUGUUGUCCAGCUGCUCCUAUCAACGAGGAAGAGGCACGUGUCGUGUUGAUGUGGUGCAUUCGUCACAACUUGAAGAAAAGCAGCGCUGCUGGUCGGCGUGGGCUUUAACUCCUGACACACGUGGCUCUGAGUGGCGCCCUGCGUCGCACCGCUAAUCUUUAUAGGCGUAUGCAUGCCGGGGUGCUGCCGAAGCACACGCGACAUUCCUGUGACGCCAGAGACAGCAGGUCUCAAGAGCUGCAGGCAGCGAGAGUCACUCCUUUUUCGAGUCUCAAGAGAGAUGCGCUGCUCGGCUUACACCUAUGCACAGCAGCCUUCAAAAGUUUUCGGGACAUCUCUCACGUAUACAUGUAUGAUCGUAAACUCUGGACUGUUACAACAUCGAGCAGUGAAUAUGAUGUACCCUGUGUGCAUAUGAUUCGGCAGAGGCCGAUCCGUGGAUUUAUGCGACCAAGGUACGUCGCGUCAAAGGUUCGCUGCAGAUGGCAACAAAGCAGCCUGUGAAUGAACUAUGCUAGUUUGUUAAUGAAGCGAACCUGAAAGUGUGUUUUUGACAGGGUAUACACAAAUAAAGCCAAUUUCAUCAUAAGACGUUAUUUCACUU